UCUCUCAUUUUAUAGUAAUGCGUUAUGCCUUACGCACUAGCUUACAUCACCUUCUUCAUUCUAUUUCUCUCAUUCAUCUUCCUUCCUAUAAAUAUACACCAACUCAACAAUUAUUGUCACUACUUCAAUUCCCAAACUGCACAAAAGCUAAAGAAACAAAAAAACAAUUAUCCGAAACAACACUUAUUUGUAUUGUGUUUGAAAUUGGAAAAUAUGCAGAAAGAAGAACAAGCCAUAAACAAAGAGUAUUUGGACUUGUUGCUGUGUCCAAGCUUCAACAGCUACACCUCCGAGCAACUCGCUAGUGUCGCAGAUCAAGUUGGCCGAGACCACUACGUGGCACAAAACGACGACGCGUUCAACCAUAGUCAAAACGACGACACCGAUUUCGAGUUCGUCGCGUUUCGAGGUCGUCGACCACGAGGUCUUCUUCGACGACACCGUUUUCCCGCUCUUCAACCGCGACCUUCUGAUGGAUCAUCGGAGCAGCGUCGGAGUCGACGGCGCAAGCGAUUCGACCGUUGCGGCUCUUCAGUUUCUGAUGGCGAAGUUGUUGAUCGGAGGCGGCGAGCGUGAUCCGGUGGCGCCGUCGUCGGAGUCGUCGUCGGAAGUGGAUGAUUUGGAGGGGGUUCAGGCGGGGACGUACUGUGUGUGGACUCCGAAUUCGCCACAAGCUUCGCCGAACAGGUGCAAGAAGAGUAAUUCGACGGGAUCGUCGUCCACCUCGAAGCGGUGGAAACUUCUGGAUUUGCUCCGCCGGAGCAACAGCGAUAGGAAGGAGUCGUUCGUGUUCCUGACGCCGUUGCCGUCGACGAAGAAGAUGAAAGAGCAGUGGAGCUCAGGGAGCAUUGAGGUCGCCGGAAAACUGUCGGCGAAUGGUUUCGGCGGAAACGGCGGGGAGAAGAAGGUGGCGGUGUCAGCGCACGAGGCUUUGUACGUUAGGAACAGAGAGUUGAGGAAAGUGGAUAAGAAAAGAUCGUUUUUGCCGUACAGGCAAGACCUCGUUGGGUUCUGCUCAAAGACGUUUGGGAAAGUCCUUCCCUUCGUUUUGAGGAGUGUGCUUAAUCCACUUUAAUUCUUUAUUA